AUGUACAAGGCGGAAGCUUUCCUUAAGAUCCUCAAGGAGGAGGUGGCCACGGCCUGGAAGGUGCUGCGCGCGGAGCCCAUCGUGCUGCGCCUGCGCUUCUCGCUCUCGCAGUACCUCGAUGGCCCCGAGCCGUCCAUCGAGGUUUUCCAGCCGUCCAACAAGGAGGGCUUCGGGCUGGGGCUGAAGCUCAAGAAGAUCCUGGGCAUGUUCACGUCGCAGCAAUGGAAGCACCUGAGCAACGACUUCCUGAAGAGCCAGCAGGAGAAGCGGCACAGCUGGUUCAAGACGAGUGGCACCAUCAAGAAGUUUCGAGCGGGCCUCAGCAUCUUCUCCCCCAUUCCCAAGUCGCCCAGCUUCCCCGUCAUCCAGGACUCGGUGCUGAAGGGCAAGCUGGGCAUGCCCGAGGUGCGCGUCAACCGGUCCUGCUUUGGCCACCUCACCCUGGGGCAGAGCAGGCCCCGCUCCAGCCCCAGGGUGGUGGACCUGCUCGUGGCCAUGUGCCGGGCUGCCCUGGAGUCCCCCCGCAAGAGCAUCAUCUUUGAGCCUUACCCCUCCGUGGUGGACCCCAACGACCCCAAAACACUCGCCUUCAACCCCAAAAAGAAGAACUACGAGCGGCUGCAGAAGGCCCUGGACAGCGUGAUGUCCAUCCGGGAAAUGACCCAGGGGUCCUAUCUGGAGAUCAAGAAGCAGAUGGACAAGCUGGACCCCCUGGCGCAUCCCCUCCUGCAGUGGAUAAUCUCCAGCAACAGGUCCCACAUCGUCAAGCUACCUCUCAGCAGGCAGCUGAAGUUCAUGCACACCUCACACCAGUUCCUCCUGCUGAGCAGCCCCCCAGCCAAGGAGGCCCGUUUCCGCACUGCCAAGAAGCUCUACGGCAGCACCUUCGCUUUCCAGUGUCGCUUGUCCCACAGGGAUGGGGAAGGGACAGCACCGGAUGCCUUCGAAGGACGAGCUGGUGCAGAGGUACAACCGGAUGAACACCAUCCCGCAGUCAUCACCUCCAAGGACCUGCAGAAACACGGCAACAUCUGGGUCUGCCCCGUCUCCGACCAUGUCUGCACCCGCUUCUUCUUUGUCUACGAGGAUGGCCAGGUGGGAGAUGCCAACAUCAACACUCAGGACCCCAAAAUCCAGAAGGAGAUCAUGCGCGUCAUCGGGACUCAGGUGUACACAAACUGAGCGGCGGGUA